GAAAGGGCCGCGGUGGAGCGGCCGCCAUAUUGAGGGGAAUACUGAGCCGGGGGAGUCUGACGGUGGAGGCGGCAGGGGCCGGGCUGGGGUGCGGAGAAACGGACUGAACGCUGCACCGGGGGAUUCCAGAGGUCUCCCUGGAUCACACUGGAGGCUGGAAGAUGAAGGACAAGGGAAGCCUGUACUCUGGCAUUGAGCAGACAUAAAGAGUAGCAAGAAGGCGCCAUGUUAAUCCAGCACCAUUCACUUUGAAGAUGUUUUCCCUCCCAAAGGCACCUCAGGGUUGACCGACCCCAAGGAGAAAAGGACACAUUUAUUAAGCAUCUAAGCCCAGUUGUGAUCCAGAUCCAGAGAUUUUGUCCGCAAAGACCUUAACUGGAGGCAGCGAUUAGAAGGCCUCCUGUCAUCAUGGAUUUGGCCCUGAGGAAAUGAAAGCUAUGCCGGCACGGUCCGACUCGCCAUCCGGUGCUUUGCCGACCAUUCUGCCGCUGCUGGACUGACUUUGGCCAGUAAGCCUUAUGAUUCAUAAGAACAGCCCAGCUCCAUUGUUUCACCAUGGAUCAAGAUUAUGAGAGGCGGCUGCUGCGUCAGAUCAACAUCCAAAAUGAAAACACAAUGCCUGGUGUUACAGAGAUGAGACGAACUUUGACACCUUCCAACUCCCCCAUGUCCUCUCCCAGCAAACAUGGAGAUCGAUUCAUCCCCUCUAGAGCUGGUGCCAACUGGAGCAUUAAUUUCCACCGAAUUAAUGAGAAUGAAAAAUCACCUAGCCAGAACCGAAAAGCAAAGGACGCAACCUCAGACAAUGGCAAAGAUGGGUUGGCCUAUUCAGCCUUACUGAAGAAUGAACUGUUAGGAGCUGGGAUUGAAAAAGUCCAGGAUCCUCAGACAGAAGACAGGAGGCUACAGCCAUCCACACCAGAGAAAAAGAGUCUUUUCACGUAUUCCCUCAGCACCAAACGCUCCAGUCCAGAUGAUGGCAACGAGGUGUCACCGUAUUCCCUAUCGCCCGUCAGCAACAAAAGUCAAAAGUUACUAAGAUCCCCACGGAAACCUACCCGAAAAAUCUCCAAAAUCCCUUUCAAAGUCCUUGAUGCUCCUGAGCUGCAGGAUGACUUCUACCUGAACUUGGUGGACUGGUCCUCCCUCAAUGUCCUUAGUGUUGGCCUUGGAACCUGUGUGUACCUGUGGAGUGCUUGUACUAGCCAGGUGACCAGGUUGUGCGACCUGUCUGUAGAAGGUGAUUCCGUGACUUCUGUGGGCUGGUCAGAACGGGGAAACCUGGUAGCAGUUGGUACGCACAAGGGCUUUGUACAGAUCUGGGAUGCAGCUGCAGGAAAGAAAUUGUCCAUGCUGGAAGGUCACACGGCCAGAGUCGGUGCUUUGGCCUGGAAUGCAGAUCAGCUCUCUUCUGGGAGUAGGGAUAGAAUGAUCCUUCAGCGAGACAUCCGAACCCCUCCGUUGCAGACUGAGCGACGGCUGCAGGGUCACAGGCAGGAAGUGUGUGGGUUAAAAUGGUCCACAGACCACCAACUCCUAGCAUCAGGUGGAAAUGACAAUAAGCUUCUGGUCUGGAACCAUUCCAGCCUGAGCCCUGUCCAGCAGUACACAGAGCACCUGGCAGCAGUCAAAGCCAUCGCGUGGUCUCCUCAUCAGCAUGGUCUGCUGGCCUCAGGAGGUGGGACAGCCGAUCGCUGCAUUCGUUUCUGGAACACCCUCACCGGCCAGCCCUUACAGUGUAUUGACACCGGCUCUCAAGUCUGCAAUCUAGCCUGGUCCAAACAUGCCAAUGAACUAGUGAGCACUCACGGAUACUCGCAGAACCAGAUCCUCGUCUGGAAAUACCCAUCCUUGACACAAGUGGCCAAGCUCACGGGUCAUUCGUAUCGGGUGCUGUAUCUGGCAAUGUCUCCUGAUGGAGAGGCAAUAGUUACUGGUGCUGGGGAUGAAACGCUGCGAUUUUGGAAUGUUUUUAGCAAAACCCGCUCAACCAAGGAAUCUGUAUCUGUUCUCAAUCUCUUCACCAGAAUACGGUAAAACCUUAGACUCCGCACACCAGGACCACAUUAUUGCGUAUGGGGAAAAAAACCACUAACUAAUCAGCAUGCAUGGAACCCCUAAUUAUCUGGAGGAUAUAAUUGAUGGGGUGAAUAGAUUGGACCUGGAGAAGCUAUCAAGAUUCCAAUUUAAUUCCAGAUCGUGACCUAUUUGAACAGUAUUUGGGGAAGGGUAAAUGGGGGGAAAGCGAGAGAAGAACACAGUUAGGAGCCUAGAAAUCCAUUUCCCGCAAAGAGUUUCCGAAGAGAGUAAAACCAUGAAUAUUUUAAUCAUACGUGUUGGGCAAGAUUCAUUUGGCACGAACCAUCCAAAGUGAAGAAAAAGGCUAUCUCGUCUUCUGCUGCUGUUACCUCUUUUUUGAUUGGAUGCCCGAAGCUGAACCUGGCAGGAUUUGAUCCCCCUUAUGUUAAUGGGGAGAGGAAACAGGAACUAAAGACUUAUCUUGCAAUGGCACUUGAAGGCUGAGGUUCCCACUCUGUGGAUUUUGGCCCUGGGAGACAUGUCAGAGGGAAAUGGGAUCAUGUGUUUUUUCUGAUGCAGCCUUGAAAUGUAAAGAUCACAAGAAUAGAUCAUGAAUCAAGAUGGUGAUUCCUAUGGGGCAGUUUGGAUCAGCAAAUUUAAGACGUGGCUGGGAAGAAAAUAAGAUGCUCAACAUUUAAAAACGUUUAAGGGUGUGUAACGGCCAUUGAUGUGAUAAGGCAGAGUUGCUGUGAAGUUGAAAGAAGGGACUUGGCAGAAACCCUAACGUCAGGCUCACGCUGACAGAAAUUUGGUAAGGAGGAGGAAUAUGAUGGGUGUUAAGGGCAGGCGGUCCCCGUUCUGCCAAAAAUUCUGGAGGCGCCUCUGGCAAUCACUCUGUGGGGUUUUUUUAGCUAUGGAUCCAGAAACAGCAAGAGAAUAUUGGGGUGAAUUUCUCAUCAAACCUGUUACUUGAAUGUGUGGUCACUCUACUGGGCAGAAGGGAGGACCUCUGCCUGUCUGGGAAUCUCAAUGUCUCAUAUAUAUAUUGUGUUUAAUGCGCUUUUUUUUUUGUUACUCUAACUGAAUCAGAGCCUUUCCAAAAAUGUUCCAGUUUUAAUUUCUUAUGUUCGUACUGAUCAAUCAGGGAUGAUGCUGCUUCCGAGAAUACCGAGAGGUGGAUCGAUUGUAAUAGUCAUAGUAUUUACGAAGCGCUUCCUGUGUGCAGUGCACUGUACUGAGCGCCGGGAAGGAGUCCACAGUUGGGAAUUAGACGUGGUCCCUGUCCUGCAGGGGGCUCACAGUCUAAGAAGUCCCAGGGCACCGAGGCACCUGCCUUUCCCUAAAUUCCUAGAUGGUGCCAGGUCAGAGAACUCAGGGGAGUCUGUGUAGCUUGUGAUUCAGAGACAGUGAAACGUUCAUCCUGGCCCCGGCCAUAUUUGUCUCCCACUCUCCUUGUGCCAAUACUUGGUCUUAUUAUAUAUCCUCGCCAUCUUGUUUUUCCCCCUAAUGUGCUCGGGUGGAAGUUUUCCCUCUUUGGGCUGGGUUCCAAGGCGAGAGACCACCCACAGUUCUGACCCCUGAUGGAAAUGCCUUUUAUAGUCCCUCUCCUCCCGUAGAGUACUGGGUAACGGGCCACUCCGGCCUACCUAGUUUGUUGGGCGGGCAGGAGGUGAGCUAAAAGUCAUAGGUAGCAUUUGAACCCAGAGCCAGCCGGGUCGGCCGGAGGGGCCCGUCCAGACUGAGGAGGGAGCAUUUCAAGCCUUGGGAGGGGAAGUGGGAGAAGCAGAGGAAGCAAUUUUGCCUCAGGAGUGUCCGUGAGUCUCUCAGGUGGCUUGCCCUGUUGGAAAGAGCAUCCAAUCCCUGCGGUUUGCCAACAUUUAUUGGGGAAAAGGCACCCAAACCAAAGUGCCAGCGUGGUUUCUUUGGCUUCAGAAAACUCAAACCAUCCCCUCCUUCUCUGGGACGUGCCCAUGCCUUACUGCCCCGCUCCCUCCAGGCUCCCUUCAUCUACCUCCGGUUUUGCCCGGGUCAUGACCAAGAGCCACCUUGUUUGUUGGUGAAACAGGGAACAGCUGAGUGCUUGGCAAUGUGUUUGGUUUUAUUGGAAAACAUUGCAUGGAUCAUGUUUCUUCUGCCUUGUGUCUCUCUAAGGGACUCCGUUUCCUUCCUUGCUACCUUCUCUGAGCGUGUGUGUGUGUGUGUGAGUGUGUGUGUAUGUUUGUGGCAUGUCAGCCUUGGCGACAGUUAAAGAGGGAAGGUACCAAGUCUCAAGAGCACCCCGGAUGUUCUUGAAACCUCUGUGGUUCUCAAGGAUGAAUAGAGUAUUUUUAGGCUUUAAAGAAAAAACCAAACCAAUUUCCAGAGGCAGGAAACCUACAUCUUCCUGGUGGGCUUAGCCAUUUUUCUUUCCAAAUGUAACCCCCAACAAUUCUUUCAUGGCCCCAUCAGAGUUGUGUGGGGGAAGUAGUCAUUUAAGUCGACUGAUCCGGGGGACAGAAGAGACUUGGAGGAAGAUUUGGGGUUUGGAGGGGUUUUUUUUUUGUUUCGUUUGUUCGUUUAAAAGGGUUAUUGGCAUCCCUGGCCUUCCUCUCUGUGCAGUUGCCAAGGGAAGUGAAAAAGAAGCCCAGGGAGCUAGCCCUCAGAAAAGGUGCCUCGCUGGUUGUGUGCACGUGUGUGUGGUGGGUGUGUUGGACGCAUGCCUAGGUUUGUGUAUAGAAUCUCAUGUAGGUGAUUAUUGCGAAGCGAUUGACUCUCCGGCGUGUGCUGCAUAGACUUGUAAAUGCAACAACAAAGUGAAAUCAUGUCUUUUCGAUGUAUGAACUAUAAAGUUGUUAAACUGUAUGGUUCAGAUGGCUUGUGAAGAAAAGGGUAGUUUGUCCUCCCCCAGAAUUUACAGGCAAAUUCAAAGAACUGGGGUCUUGUUACCGGUGAUGAUGCCUCAGAGGGUGGAGAAAAAAAAUAUAUAGAUCAAACAAACCUUGCAAGUUUUUUUUUUUCAUGUAAAGCAACAUAACUGGCAUUAAACAAGUUGUGAAUUUC